UACCACAGGUAAUAUGGAAGACAAAGAUAAUGCAUGUCGAACACCACCAAAAAAGAAAUCGAGAGUCAAACAAGGGAGUAAACCUAAAGUCGCCCAGAAGUUUCGAGAUGAUUGGCUGCAGAUGAAUGAGUUCAAGUCUUGGCUACAGCGUGUUCCUGCUAAUCCUCUCAAAGCCAGAUGUAAAUUGUGUUCUCAGGAAUACACUGCUGAUAUAUCUGUAUUGAAGACACAUGCCAAAACAGAUAAACACAAAGAGAGGGAAAGACCACUGAAGAACACAAACAUAAAAAUGACUCAGUUUCUUCAACGUGAAAACGGCACUGGAGACCCCUUAGACACUGCGGAAAUAAAAAUUGCUGUAUUCUGUGCCGAUCACAAAAUUGGCUACAACGCAUUGGAUCACCUGUCAGACCUGCUGAAAGAAUGUUUCCCGGAUUCCAGAAUUGCUCAAAAAAUGGCUGUGAAACGAACCAAGGGAACGGCAAUUAUCAAAAAUGUCAUUGGCAAGACGGAAAGGCGCAUACUUGCGGAGAAGCUGAAGAACACUAAAUUCAGCAUUAUGACAGACGAAUCCACAGACAUUUCGGUUACUAAAACAAGUUGUCUGCUUGUGAGAUAUUUUGAUGAAGAAGAAGGCAAGGUUGUAUGGAAAUUUUGGGACUUGAUACAGGUUUUGGAACCUGGGAAGAUAACAAGUGCAACAGCAGAACACUUGUACAGCAACAUCAUCAAAAGCUUCACAGAGCGAGGAGUUCCAAUGAAAAAUGUCGUAGGCUUUGGAUCUGAUGGUUGCAGCGUUAUGAUGGGUGUGCAUAAGUCCGUUGCUAGUCGUUUGAAGCGAGGUUAUCCACACAUUACGAUCCUAAAGUGCAUUUGCCACUCGCUGCAUAUUUGUGCAAGCGAAGCUUGUAAACAAUUACCACGUAGUUGUGAAGGCUUAGCUCGCAAUAUCUACAAUUUUUCAAUAGCAGUUGUAAGAAGCAAAGUGAGUACGUGGAAUUCCAGAUAUUUACGAACGUUGAAAUCCACAAACUCUUGCAUCCAUCCCAGACACGUUGGUUGUCGUUAGUAUCAGUGGUAGACAGAAUUCUCGAACAAUGGCCUGCUCUGCUAUUGUUUUUCAAUGAUCAGUGGUAAGCACUCAAGUUGAAGGCGGCAGAGUCCAUUCACGAAAGUUUGAAUGAUCCGUUCAAUAAACUGUUCUUGUUCUUCCUACAGUGGGUUCUUCCCAAAUUCACUGAACUCAACAGAUAUUUUCAGUCUGCCAAAGUUGUAAUCACAGAUCUUCAUGAGGCCAUGGUUGAUCUGUAUAAGAUCCUCCUUUAUGGUUUCUGAGGAUAAAUCCCAUUAUCUUCCAAUUGAAGAGAUGUAUCUGGGGGCACAGGUACUACAAGAGCAGCAGAGCAUGAAGAUCCAGGAGCGCCCGGAUCUACUGAAACAUUUUCGAGAGAAAUUUCAGGCCUUUUUGAUCUCUGCCUGUCUUGAGGUACGAAAGCGAUAUGAUUUGAGAAUAGUUUUUUGGAGAACCUGAGAAUUUUCAAGCCCAAAUACGCGCUGUCAAGCACUGAACGAGAGAAAACGCCUUCUCUCAUUCCUCUUCUAGUCACGCUCUCCAGAGUUUAUGCCAAAGAGAAUUACCAGGACAUUGAUGACGAGUGGCGCCGGCUUUGCUGCUACCUUCUUGACAACGAGAUGAAGGGACUGGACACUGAUGUAUUCUGGGCGAAACUGUUGGCCCUGAAGAACGAUGGCGAUGUCCAUUUGUUUCAGAAUUUGAGUCGCUGCGUUCUCAAUGUGUUAUCGCUUCCCCAUUGAAAUGCCGACAGCGAAAGAGUGUUCUCCAAAGUCAACCUCAUAAAGACGAAAUUGAGAAAUCGCCUCAUCGUAUCCACCGUUCGAGGUACUCUGUUUACUAUCUAGCAUGUCGUGGUUAGCGGUGGCUUUGUUGCUUUCAGACCUACCAAAGAGAUGUCGAGGAUGACCAAAGACUCACUCCACGAUAAGCCAAAGAAAUCCAAAAGUAUGGCAGAGCAAGACGAAGAAGAUGACGGAGCGGAUGUGAUGUUCGAGGAUGUCUAAAUUGAGACUUGAGAUUAUUCAAUAUUUAUAUUAUUAAAAAAUGUUCAAGAUGACGGAGGUAAUACUCUAUUCAAAGAAGUCCAGAUUGAGACUUGAGAUUAUUUAAUAUUUAUAUUAUUAAAAAAUUAUUCGAGGAAGUCUCGAUUGAG